UUAUACACAUCCAACGAGAGGGAGCAUGAAGAGAGGAAGAGGAGGGUGAGUACAAAUGGAAGAGAAGCUGGGAGUGCUACUCGGUACCAUCCAUGAGGUGAACCGAUUCAGAUGAGAGUGAUUCAUAGAGAAAAAAGACAGAAAUCAGUCUGAAAAAGGUUAAGAGGAUUGGCUGAGCACAGUGGGAGUGCAAAAUGUAAAAGUGAGUAGGAGGGAAAAGAGAAGAGGAAGAUAGUGCGUGUGAUCUUCUGUAGAGCUUCUGUGGAUGCUCCUGUUCACUCUGCAGCCUGGAAGGACAACAGACAGGUGAGCAGAUCUGUGACAUCCUGCAUGAACGUGCAGUUUGAUGGUAUCUGGAUGGACAGAGAGAUGGAUGCAUAGAAGAAAAAUAUCAGAGAGAUCCGUGAGAUCUGUGCUCCACAUUCACACCGCCUCUUCAGUUUCUGCAGUGGGGUUUGCAGUACCAGAGUGAGCCAAUGAGCAUUUCACCAACCCCGGCUCUAGUACCGGUCAGGGACAACCUCCCACUCAAGAAGAGGGACCCAAGGCUCAGCUCCACGCAGCCGCAGUGUGAUACUGCAACAUUCAAGGUGCCGUACCCAUACAAGAGCCACAGUGGAUUUCGGACAAAACAAACGGGUCCCUUUCGGCCCAUACCUAAACGGCUUCUUCCACUGCACCAUUCCUGGACACAGAUGCACAAGUCCACCAGAUCUAAACCUCACUACCUCUCUGCAUUCAGUGUCUGCCCAGAGUGGACGGAUUUCAACCCACUGAACACUGACUGUUACUUUUCCCACCACUAUCAGCAUCACAGCCACUUUUCUGGCACCAACGAGCUCCAGAUGAGGCUCUCGCACCACCUGUACAGGUUCAGCCCUGUCUCUUUAUUCACUGAGGGUUUCAGUGGGGUGGGGAGGGGGUAUUGCUCAGGCACACUCAAGGCAUCGAGGGACAAGAGCUUAAACACAGAGAGGCGGAGCAAUGGACAGAGCAAAAGCCUGCAUAUAGAGAGAAAUGACAUUAAAAUGGAGCAUUUUGCCAGACUUGAUAAAUCAGACUCUGUAGCAUCCCUCUGUCAACCUGAUUUACUGCAUACAUCAACUGUCAAACCACCUUUCUCUGUCAGAGGUUCAGAUGGUGAUACCACAAACAAGGCUGACAGCUCCACAAAGGAUGUCCCAGCAGGACUGCGUGUGCACCUCUCUUCUGAGCAUCCCUCCUCCUCAAACAGCCAGUUCCCGUGGCUGAUUCCUCACUUUGUAGCGGGCUCGCUGAUCGAGCUCAGGGACGGGCGGCUCAGAAGGGUGGAGCACCUGCAGACGGAGGACUUCCUGCUUGGCUCCUUGGCCUAUCCAAACCUCCGCCUGAGCUGCUGCACAGUGCAGAGCAUCAGUCCUUCAUCCUCUUCCUCAUCGAUCUCACGCCUCCUCAUCCUGCUUCACAACCAGCAGUCGCAGGAGUCGGUGGAUGUGUAUGUGGAGUAUCCGUUCUUUGUGCGUGAUCAGGGUUGGUCCUCCUGCAGUCCACAGAGGACGGCCCGUCUGUGUGGCCUGCAGUGCCGCCAGCUCAGUGUGGGGGACGUCUGCCUGGCUCUUACACCUCUAACUGACCAAUGGCCAUCAACAGCAAAAGACUCACCUGUGCAGCCAGAGGGAUGGCAUUUGCCUCUGCAGCAACAACAUCCCCAAGUUUCCAUAGGCACCCAGCUUUCCUCACAUCCUGAAAGGCCUGCAGGAGGUUAUAAGGAGGCAGAGUCAGUGCGGAGGAGACACCACUCUGCUCCUGCCCUAAAAGGUUCUGGUGCUUCUCUCAUGUUGUGAGCAGCAUCCCUGUUUUAUAAGCAUGGUCCAACUCAGACACUUUGAACAUUUGCCAUGUUUCUUCUUCUAAAUUGUCAUUUUUAAUUAAAAAAAUGCAUUUAUUAUUAUUAUUGUUAUUAUCAUCAUCAUUCCUGUCAAUGCAGAAAUGAUACUCUGUUCACCCCUGAUCUCAGAAGUUAAGCAGAGUAGGUCUGGAUCAU